CACUUAUUGAAAUUAUAGACUGCGAAUAACAUGAACUUUGCAAUAUUUCUCUUUGCACUGUUAUUACUUAACGUAAAUAAUUGUUAUGGAUCGAACGAAGAAUUAAUCCAACUGCAUGUUUUGUUCCGUCACGGCUCUCGAACCCCCGACGAGGCCCCGUUUUAUAAGACUGACCCGUACGAAAAUGAAAACUAUUAUCCUUUCGAAAAGGGGCAGUUAACUCGGGAAGGGAUAUUACAAAGUUAUCGCAUCGGUCAGGAUCUAAGAAACUGUUACAAUGAUUUCUUGGGUGAUAUAUAUACCCCUGACAUUUUACACGCAGUCGCCUCUCAUUUUAGCAGGUCGAAAGCAACAUUGGAAGCAGUACUUGCCGGACUUUUUUCACCGGAUGAGACGCAGCAAUUUUUGCCAGGACUUUUAUGGCAACCGAUACCGUUCGAGUACAAAUCAGAGUUUAACGACAACUUGCUUUUCAUUUUACGAUGCCAAAACUAUAUGAAAGAAUUAGAAGGGUUCGUAAAUCGUCAAAAUUUAACGCAACACAAAGAUUUGUUCAGAUUUCUAACAAAACAUACAGGAGUGCCGGUCAAGUCUUCGAUGAUAGCAUUAGCCCUGUACCACCACCUCAAGACUCAGCAAGAAAUGGGUUUAGUUUUGCCAUCUUGGACUAGAAAAGUAUUUCCAAAUACUUUAUUGAAAUUAACGAACAAAUAUUACGAAGACAUAUACACGGAUUUUAAUAUACAGAAGAUAAUUCCAGGAAACUUACUUCGUUACAUGAUUGACGAAUCUAAACAAAAAAUUUGGAACACUAAUAAUAGGAAAAUAUAUCUUUACUCAGGACAUGAUCACAAUUUAUCCAGUUUAUUGGUUGUCUUUGGAGCAUAUAAAGGUGUUCCUCCAUAUGCAUCCUAUUUAAUAUUAGAAGUAUUACAAAUGGAUGGAGUCUAUGGCAUAAAGAUUAAGUACCAAGAUUAUACAAAAAGUGAACCUUAUCCAAUCAUUUUAAAAAAUUGUGAUGAAUUUUGCCCAUUGGAUAAAUUUGAGUAUUUACUCAAGGAUAUUAUACCUGAUAAAAUAUCAUAUUGCAAACAACCUAAUACUUCAACAUGAAAUAUGCUGAAAAGUCAACACAGUAUCUGCAAU